CGGGGCACCGCGGCCGUCAGCUGACAGACGGCGGCUGCCUCGGGUACAACCGUCGGCUCGCAGGCUCCGGCGGCGCGGAAGAGCUCGUCCUGCGCGUCACUGUCCGGUCGGCGAGGCGCGGGGGCCGCCGCACCACUAUGGCGACCACCGUCAGCACGCAGCGCGGGCCGGUAUACAUCGGUGAGCUCCCACAGGACUUCCUCCGCAUCACGCCCACGCAGCAGCAGCAGCAGGUCCAAUUGGACGCCCAGGCCGCCCAGCAGCUGCAGUACGGAGGGGCAGUCGGCACUGUGGGCCGCCUCAGCAUAACUGUGGUGCAGGCAAAGUUGGCAAAGAAUUACGGCAUGACACGCAUGGACCCCUACUGCCGCCUGCGCCUAGGCUACGCGGUGUACGAGACACCCACAGCCCACAAUGGCGCCAAGAACCCUCGCUGGAACAAGGUCAUCCAGUGCACAGUGCCCCCAGGCGUGGACUCACUCUACCUUGAGAUCUUUGACGAGCGAGCCUUCUCCAUGGAUGACCGCAUUGCCUGGACCCACAUCACCAUCCCCGAGUCCCUGAAGCAGGGCCAGGUGGAGGAUGAGUGGUACAGCCUGAGCGGGAGGCAGGGGGAUGACAAGGAAGGCAUGAUCAACCUGGUCAUGUCCUACACGUCACUGCCAGCUGCCAUGAUGAUGCCACCCCAGCCUGUGGUUCUGAUGCCAACUGUGUACCAGCAGGGCGUUGGCUAUGUACCCAUAGCAGGAAUGCCCACUGUCUGUAGCCCUGGCAUGGUGCCUGUGGCUAUGCCUGCGCCAGCUGUGACUGCUCAGCCCCGCUGUAGUGAGGAGGACCUGAAGGCCAUCCAGGACAUGUUCCCCAACAUGGACAGGGAGGUGAUCCGCUCUGUGCUGGAAGCCCAGAGAGGGAACAAGGACGCCGCCAUCAACUCCCUGCUGCAGAUGGGUGAAGAGUCCUAGACCUGCCUGCUGCCCAUGGCCUCUCGCCACCAGCCCUUUGGACUUGGUAACCCAAGGUUCCCCCGGGUCACCAUCCCAACAAGAAUCCUAUGAAGACCACCCACGCACCCCUUCCUUGGUCGUCUGUGCUGCCCCCUCCUGCCUUUCUUGGGAUGCAUGUGGGUUCUCAGUUUCCAGCAGUCCUCUUGACUGUGGGUAGGGGUCGGGCAGCUCCCUCCUCGUCCGGGUUGGCAGUGAUGGUGUGGCAGCGUCACUGCACAGACCCCUGCUCCUGUUGCUUGGGGACCUGCGUUUCCCCUUCUCACACUGUUCUGGAAAGCAUUCUCGUAGAAAGCAGCUGCUUCUGCCAGGGUGUUUGACAUUGCUGAGCGUCUUUCUGAGUUGACAAGUGGCAUAAUUAUUCAGCCUGGUGGGGAUUGACCUAGGAGCGUAAAGAGCACAGAAUCCACAUGUGCUGACUUAUGGGCCAUUUUUACAACCUUGAAGCCAAAAGCUCACGUCCUUCUGAUGCUGUGUGUGAGCCCAGGCUGCUCACCUGGUGCCAGGCAAGUGAGCCAUGUUUCCUGGUGUCGGCCAGCAGGCCUGACCUCUUGCCUGACUCUCUGGUCACCAUCCCUCCAGGCCUCAGUGACAGAUUCCAGUCCCAAGCUGAGUACACACCUGGUACAUGAAGGGAGCCCGAGUAGUGGCCAAGCUCUGCCUUGGCCCUUGCCUGCUGGAGGCUGCUCUCUGACUCCAUUGGAGCUACACUGGGCCUUCUCUUCCUGAUAGGCCCUCACCACUGGGAGUGAGGAAAGUGGGCGCUGCGCUGCGUUUGCUGUCCCACUGUUCUGGUCCCUGGCUGCUGCUGUCGUGACAUGGGUUAGUGCUGUGCACCAGCACUGUCGUCCGUGGUGGUAGAGGAGAAACCCAGCUGGCUUUAGUGUCUGCAGACCUCUCAGGCUGGAGCUGCUCGUGCCUGCCGCGUGCCCCUGGUGUGUGGCUAGCUGGUGUUCUGCUGCAGCGUUGCUGAGGGGGAGGACUGGGCGACACCUGGUGUUAGGCCCAACUCAGGCUCGCCAUGUGCUGAGAAGCUAGCAGCAUGGCUGCAGGCUGCACUGCCGCCCUCUGCAUUGAACUGCAGUUGCUUUUCCUUCUCCCAAGUGUUUGCACCCAGGCUUUGGCUGUGAGAUACAGGUAUGAAGGUGAAGCCUAACAUUUCCAACUUCAUGAAACAUUUAGAUGGAGAAAGUGCUUAAAGGUUCAGCCUCUUUCCUUCUAAAAAUGUAGGUUUGAAGCUUUGCUAGAGAGCAGUGCUUUCUGCUACCUUGGGGUACUUUUUUCAGAUGCAUUGUUCAUGAGUGCAUUUCCGUAACCCUGAGGCAGGAUGGUGGUGCCCCUGUGGAUUCUUAAUAAGGAUUGGAGGUGGAGAGGACCGAGAUGCACUGUUGGGUGGACUCCAGCACUUGCUCCAACUUGCCAGCCGCUGAAGUCCCCCACUCCAGGCUGUGCGGGCCUGUGUGGGAGGCGUGGUGGGCAGGACAGGCCUUCCCCAGGCGGCUGGCUCAGUGCUGUCCGCAGACUUAGCACAGGGCUCGCCAGCCUGCAGCACCCACGUCCAGGACCCAGGUGUGGCUGCAGUGCCUGGCUUCUGCCUUAACAUCGCUGUCUGUGUCGUGUUUGUGCUUCUGCAGGGCAUGUCCCAGGGAGAGCGUCACCAGAGCCAACCCCAGAGCUGCCACUGCAGUGCCCGUGGAGGCAACACUUAUGGGUUGGCACUCUGAGGAGAAUGGCAGUUUUAAUAUGACUUAGAACUUACUGUGGUCUGUUCCUUUCCUUUUUCAUGAAUGCUUUAUUUUUUUAAUAGACUGAAAACAGACCACAUUUUAUGAAGACUUUGGUUAAGUGAGACUUCUUCCAUUCUGUGUGCGCUGUCUCCUGUUGGGAGUCCAGGGCAGGGGGGUGUCAGGUCUCAGUUCUUGCUUACUCCGCCUGGUCGCGUCCUGUGUCUAGUAUCUGUGAAAGGUUGCCAUACUUGGAAGGAAUGUUUUGACCCAGCUCAAAGGCAGAGGUCGCAGAGGUCAGGGCAGACACACACCGGCUCCUGGCUGAGGGCUGGCCCUUGCCGGGUCUGGCCACUCCUGUCCCUAUGUUUGAGGAUGCAGGCCAUUGGCAGAGCCACACCCCAUGUUCAGUGAGGCUGGCCUGCCCUGCCAGCCCCAGUGUGUGCUCUGGCUCGGGUGCCCUCUGGCUUCCGCCUCUGUGUGUGAUGAAAAGGACUGUGUGUGGUUUGAUUACGCCGCAUCCUCUCGAGGCUGCCUCUUCCCUCUAUGGCCAUCUGCCAUCAGCUGAAACCCGCUGUGUGGGUGUUGGUGGGCUUGUCUCAGAACUUUGUGUCCCUGGUUAUUUGCUGUGUGGGGAAGGUCCAUAACCAGAUUUUUCUUUGAUUGUAAAAUAUAUUUUUACUUUUCAGUCUUCUUAUUUAAUAAACAGUCCGUACAAAAAUAGAGAAAUAAAGUCCUCUAAGGGAAAGUUUA